CGGGAAGCCGAGCGAGGCGGUCGCCUUUAUAGGGGAGGCGUAGCUAAAGCGGUACCGGCGAGCGAGAGAAGAGGCGGACCCCCUCGCCCCGUAUACGUCAGGGGAUUAUUUCAGCGGUUUGACCUGCCGUCGAAGGGUUAUGAGCUCCAUUAUAGACGGGGACGAUGAGAGGGGAGGCUGUAACGAAGGGGAGCAAAUAUGCGACGUGUGUAAGGCCGGGGCAGAGACGAGCAGCUUUGGGAGUGCGAGGUCUAGAAUGGACGCUAGUGUAAGGGAUGGCUCGGAACAAGAAGAGCUAAAGGUAGGGCUGCUUAGGGCAGUGUAAGAUGUGCGUAUAUCCGAGAGGGACGUAUAACAUCUCCGUUAAUAGCGAGCGCAAUCAGUCUAGUAGACGGAAGCCGAUAUACGCGCAUUUAAGG